CCGCAUGAGAGUUUGACCUGUCACAGGAAGUGUUGUAGUCCCGGGGAUUCUGACGAGAGCACAGGGCGGAAGAGGGCGGAGAAGGUCUACCGAGUUUAUAAGAAUCCUUCCCACAAUCCUCUCUUCCUCUUCGCCAUCUUCCUCCCGCUAGCAGCCAUGAAGGUCGAACUGUGCAGCUUCAGCGGGUACAAGAUCUACCCGGGUCACGGGAGACGCUACGCCCGCACCGACGGGAAGGUUUUCCAGUUCUUGAAUGCAAAAUGUGAGUCUGCAUUCCUUUCAAAGAGGAAUCCUCGGCAGAUCAAUUGGACUGUCCUUUAUAGAAGAAAGCACAAGAAGGGACAGUCGGAAGAGAUUCAAAAGAAAAGAACUCGCCGAGCUGUUAAAUUCCAGAGGGCCAUCACUGGGGCUUCUUUAGCUGAUAUAAUGGCCAAGAGGAACCAGAAACCUGAAGUUCGAAAGGCUCAACGAGAACAAGCUAUCAGGGCUGCCAAGGAAGCAAAAAAGGCUAAGCAAGCAACCAAGAAGACAGCUGCAUCUGCUGCUAAGGCUCCUACGAAGGCAGCACCUAAACAAAAGAUUGUGAAACCUGUGAAAGUUUCUGCACCCAGAGUUGGUGGAAAACGUUAAUUGUCUUCUAAAUUGGAUUAAGUAAAAUAAAAUUUAAAGUAACUUGA